GAUGAGCUUCCCUCCUUCCCUUAAAGUCCGCCAACAACAACACUUGAAAAACAAAAACAAACAGCAUACUCCAAACUUACAAUGCCUAACAGAGCAUUAUUAUCAACCUCUUACUCUAACAAAAAACACGACGUAUUUCUCAGUUUCAGAGGCGAGGACACUCGAAUCGGUUUCACCAGCCAUCUCUACGAUGCAUUGAAUCACAAAUCAAUCAAAACAUACAUAGAUUACCUCCUAAACAGAGGAGAAGACGUUUGGCCAACACUUUCUGAAGCCAUUGAGGAUUCACAUGUUUCCAUCGUUGUUUUUUCAGAGAACUACGCUUCUUCGAAAUGGUGUUUGGAAGAGCUUGUUAAAAUACUUGAAUGCAGAAAAGUUCACGGUCAAGUUGUUAUACCUGUUUUCUAUAAAACAGAUCCUUCUCAUAUUAGAAAUCAGAGAGGAAAUUUUGAGAAAGCAUUCGCUAAACAUGAGAGAGAUCUUGGAACUAAUGAAAGUGAUGAGUCAAGACGAAAAGUGCUUAAUUGGAAAGCUGCUCUUACUGAAGCUGCUAAUAUUUCUGGAUGGGACUCCAAAACUCACAAGGAUGACUCUAACCUCAUAGAGAAUGUUGUGAAUGAUGUAUUGCAAAAGCUACAACUGAGGUACCCUAAUGAACUAGAAGGUAUUGUUGGGAUUGAAAAAUUUUGUGGAGGGGUAGAAACAUUAAUGACUAGAAUUCAGAUACUUGGAAUUUGGGGUAUGGGUGGAAUGGGGAAGACAACCAUUGCUAAAGUGUUGUUUGCCAAAUUCUUUGCCCAAUAUGACCAUGUAUGCUUUGCGAACGCAAAAGAAUAUUCACUCAGCAAGCUUCUAUCUGAGCUACUAAAGGAAGAAAUUUCACCAUCUAAUGUUGUAGGAACUACAUUCCAUAUGAGGAGGCUGAGAAGUAAAAAGGUUUUCAUUAUACUUGAUAAUGUGGACAGUUUAGAUCAGUUUGAAUAUUUAUGCAGGAAUUUCGGCGACCAAAGUAAGGAUAGUAGACUCCUUAUAACGACGAGAGACAGACAAUUGCUCAGUGAAAGAGUUCAAUUAAUAUAUGAGGUCAAGCAAUGGGAAGAUAAAGAAUCUCUAGAGCUUUUUAGCUUAGAAGCCUUCAAACAAAGCCAUCCCCGAAAGGGUUACGAGGAUCUUUCGCAAAGGGCAGUUGCUUAUGCAGGAGGCGUUCCACUUGCUUUGAAAGUUUUGGGUUCAAAUCUGCGAUCCAAAGGUACUGAUUUUUGGGAAAGUACUUUCAGAAAACUCGACAAGUUUCCAAAGGAAGAAAUUCAAAAAGUAUUAAAAGUGAGCUAUGAUGGAUUGGAUCCACUAGAGAAGAAGAUAUUUCUAGACAUUGCAUUUUUUUUCAAAGGAGAAAAGAAAGAUCAUGUCAUAAGUAUACUAAAUGCUUGUGGCUUGGAAGCAAGUAGUGGAAUAGAAGUCCUAGAAGACAAGGCUUUGAUAACUAUUUCAAAUGGAAAUAGAAUACAAAUGCACGACUUGCUAAAGAAAAUGGGUUCAGACAUAAUACGUAAAGACUGUGGCAUAAACCCUGCAACUCAUACACGAUUGAGCGGGAGCGAAGCGCUUGAAGUAAUUAAAGAAAACAAGGGGACUAGUUCAAUUGAAGACAUAACACUGGAUUUGUCUCAAAAUAAUGAGUUGCCUUUAUGUUCCGACACAUUCACCAAGAUGAAAGCCUUAAGAAUUCUUAAAUUCUAUAUCCCAUUGGGUCAGAGUUGUAGUAAUGCAUACCUCAACCUUCCCAUGGUACUUGAGCCAUUUUCUAGUGAAUUGAGGUACUUUGAGUGGAUUGGAUACCCUUUCGAGACACUUCCACAACCUUUUUGUGCCAAGUUGCUUGUUGAGAUUCAUAUGCCGCACAGUAAUGUUAAACAACUUUGGCAGGGGAUGCAGGACCUUGAUAAACUAGAGGUGAUUGACCUAGGUGAAUGCAGACAUUUUGUUCAGCUUCCGAAUUUGUCUAAGGCAUCAAAACUUAAAUGGGUUAAUCUCUCCGGUUGUGUGAGUCUGGUGGAUCUUCAUCCAUCUGUUCUUUUGGCUGAAACACUUACUACUUUGAUACUCGACGGGUGUACAAAGCUUAGGAGUGUUAAAGGCCAGAAACAUUUAAAAUUUCUGGAAAAGAUCAGUAUCAUUGGCUGCACAAGUCUUGAGGAAUUUGCUGUCUCCUCGGAUAUAAUUGAAAACUUGGAUUUAAGCAGUACAGGGAUUCAAACACUUGACCUAUCAAUUGGGCUUCCUCGCAAUCUUAAGCGGCUUAAUCUUGAGGGUUCAAGACUUGAGUAUCUUCCAGAUGAGUUACCUAGCCUAACAUCUAUUAAGGAGCUUAGGAUUUCUGGCAGUGGACUAAAAGUUAAGAAACAGCAGCUUCAUGUCUUGUUUGAUGGCCUACGAUCUCUACAAAUACUACAUUUGAAGGAUUGUAAUAACUUGUUUGAACUCCCUGACAACAUCAGUGUCCUAUCAAAAUUACAGGAACUAAUUCUAGAUAGAAGCAACGUGAAAAGGUUGCCGGGAAGCAUCAGGAAUCUUCAAGAGCUAGAAAUUCUGUCAUUGGAGGAUUGCAAGGAGAUUCAGUAUCUUCCAGAGCUUCCCCCUCUUAUCAAAUUGUUAAAUGCCAUUAACUGCGCGUCCCUGGUUUCCGUUUCAAAUUUAAAAACUAUUGCAACAAAGAUGAUGGGAAAUGCCAAAAACAUUUCAUUCAGGAACAGCCUGAAUUUGGAUGGGCGUUCACUCAAACAUAUAAUGGAAAGUCUCAAUUUAACAAUGAUGAGCGCUGCAUUUCAAAAUGUGUCUGUUAGAAGACUUCGCGUGGAUGUUCACAGCUACAACUAUACCAGUGUUGAUGCUUGUCUACCAGGAACAAGGGUUCCAAGGCAGUUCAAAUAUCAAACUACUACCGAAUCCUCCAUUACCAUUAAACUUCCUAACCAUUGGAACUCACUGGGAUUUCUUUACUCAGUGGUUCUUUCUCCCACAGGUGGAACGAAGAAGGGUGGAACUAUGAUAAAAUGUCGAUGCGACUUGGGAGAAGAAGGUAUAAAGGAUACAAUGUUUAAUACUUAUGUCACAGAACUGAAGUCGGAUCAUGUUUUUGCAUGGUACGAUCCAUUCCAUUGUGACAGCAUUCUCAAAUAUUAUGAACCAAAGCUUCGGUUUGAGUUUUAUGUUACUAAUAAUAUGGACAAAGUUGAUGGUUCAAUCUGUAUUAAAGAGUGUGGGGUACGACCUGUAUGUGCUGAUGAACUGCUGAGUGUUUUACAUCAAUUGGAUUUGGAUUCGGAAAAGAGAAAAGAGUUGAAGAAGGCUGUGAUAUUAGAAUCAGGAGGUAGGAUAACCUUGAAGGCAAUUGAAAAUCGUUUCAAGAGCAUUAUACAAGAUUCAGAGACGGUUGAACCAGAGACAAAUUCUGAUUUGGAAGAGAGCAGUGUUGGAAAAGACCGACAUCAUAAUACCUCAAAACUUUCAAAAGGUUGGAGUCGCUUCUAUUCUAUUGGAAAACUUCGGGUUUCAUCUUUUCUAAAAAAUUCAAAAAUACAAACCAAGUUCAGUGCUGCAAGUGGUAGCAAGAAGAAUGCCAAAAACACUACAGAAAUCGUCAAUAGCGAAGGAAAUAAAGGAACGCUAAUUGAACCUGAUGAUGGAACCAGUCGUGAGGAGAAUAUUACCAACUCUGCAGAAGUUUUCAAAAGCAAAGAAAAUGAAGGAAAACCAUCUGAAUCUGAAGCUGAAUUUCAUGUACCGGUAAUGUCAUCUGUUGAAGACAAUGCUUCUGAUAACAAACCAGGUGAAAACAACAAUCAUUGGCAAGCUAAUUUUGAUGAGACUACGAAUUCAGAAGAAAAAUCAAAUAUAGCAGGAGGACAGAUUACUGUUCCUGACAACAAGGAUCCGAUAAGUGAACCAGAACAAAGAAAAGAAAAUGCACCAAUAAUGAAUCUUAGCGAACCUGAAGGUGAUCAAGAAGAUGGAUCAGAUGAGGAUCCUUUUUCUGAACUUGAGAGCAUCCUGUUGGGAAGUCCAGAGUCCUCACCAAAAGCAACCUGUUCCACAAAUGAUGAUGCUGUAAGAGAAGCUUUGCAUAACCUUGAAAGCCUAUUGGAAAAUUCACUUGAGUCCGUUGCCAGUGAUGUUGAGAUACAACGGCAAUUACUAAUGUCUUUGGAAUACAUAAAACAAGCAUCUCAUGAAAAUGUUUCUCCUAAUGUUGUGAAGCUUGUCCAGAGAAUGACAUCCUCUAUUGAGAACCUCUUCAAAGACUUUGUCGGGACUAAAAAAGUGGUUGAGGAUCACAUUAAUGCUUUGAAAGAAAAAGAAAAGCUCAAGCAGCGAGUGAGAGAUGCUAAGAAACAAAAGGAAUCAAAACAGAAAGAAAAGAGUCGGUUGGAAAAUGAAGUCAAGCGUCUUAAGGAAGAGGGUGAAAAGGUGGAUGAAAAAAUUAGAAUUCUUGUUGAGCAAAAGAAAAGUAUUGAGUUGGAAAUAACCAAGUUGAAGGAGAGCAUGGAAAGAUGUGAAGGUGAAAAGAAGAAAGUGAAAAAUGAGGCUAAGAAUAUGAUAACUGAAAGCAAAGAGCUUAUGUUGAAUAUUAAAAACUCUAAAUCUGCAUAUGCUGCUGCCUUGUCAAAGCAAAAAAAGUUGAGAGACCAAUGGGAAGGUUUUAGAAUAGAUUUUGCAGACAACUUUGGAAGUAGCACUACUUGAGAAAUAUUGAUAUGUUGGGUUCAAGGGUGUGGUGAGUCUCACAUUAGCAAUGCACGACUUAAAUAUUAGACAUAUAAGAAAGUUGACUCAUCUAUCUAAAGAGAGCUGACUCAUCUACCUAAUGUCUUAAGGUUUUAGAUGGAGAUUUAGUAUCCCAUUUUCAUGAUUUUCAUGAUCUUAGAGUAUGACCAAUUGUUUCGAAUAAAAAAUUGACUUGAAAAGUAUUAUGUAUUCAAUGAAUAACGAGGAUGCAUGGUAUGGUAUGGUAUGCCU